AUGGUCCAUGUUAAGGAAAUCAAAUCUGACUUUCCUGAUUUCAAUCUUGUUAGUUCUAUGCUGGAAAAAUCUGCAGCAAGAAAGCUUGAGGAAAGGGUUGAUGAUGUGGAUGCAACGGUAGAAUCUGAUGUAGCUGCUGACAUGGUAGAUCAGUUGGAUGAUAUUAGCCUAAUCCUUGAAAUAAAGGGGAACGUUCAAAGCCACCAGUGCUUGACAGUUGCAGAAUUUAAGACACAACAUAAGAUAGCAGAUAGUAUUUGGUUUCCAGAGUUAAAAGAGACGUUUCAAGGACAGAAACAACUGGCUGGGACGGACUCCGAAACGCAGCAGCAACGGAGCUCUUUAGCUGGCAGUUUUGGGCCUUCAAGAGUGAUGGACUCACAGUUUCAUGUGGUUGGUGGACUUUCGGGUAAUGGACCUAACAGUUCAAAGGGCUUAAGCUCUGACUCUGAUUUCAAUAUGUCCCCAACAAGGGAUUUAAGCCAUGUAACCCUUAGAAGGAUGAAGUCAGGCAUUGUUGCAUCUUCACAGGACACUACUGGUUUUGUAUUAAACAAACCAAAACGUGAAGUUAAAGUUCUGAACAUAAGAGGUAGCCUUGAGGAGCGUGAUGGUGAAUUUAGUAUUGACUCCAUGGACUCAGAUAUCGGUAGAGUUAAUUGUCGACUCAUGAAUUCAGCCUGCGCAACAAGCAAUGCACCAGGAAAAGUUAGGUCUGAUGAGGUUGCUCACACCUUGUCGGUAGGAGCAAUCAUAGAAGUUCAUGAGGAGGUUCAUAGAAACGAAGCAGCUGCAACUAGUAAGAAGCAAAUCGAUUGA